AUGGCGUCCAAGUUCGGGUUGGCCGGUGGCAUACCGGAGCGCCGGGUCCGACCGAUUUGGGACGCCAUCGAUUCUCGCCAAUUCAAGACCGCUCUCAAGCUUGUCACCGGCCUCCUCUCCAAGUACCCCAAUUCGCCCUACUGCCUGGCGCUUAAAGCUCUCGUCUUGGAGAGGAUGGGGAAAUCCGACGAGGCAUUGUCGGUCUGCCUGAACGCCAAGGAGCUUCUGCACUCAAACGACUCCGUUUUGAUGGACGAUCUCACUCUCAGCACCUUGCAAAUCGUCUUCCAACGGCUCGAUCACUUGGAAAUGGCUACGAGCUGUUACGAAUACGCUUGCGGAAAAUUUUCCAACAAUUUGGAGCUCAUGAUGGGCCUCUUCAACUGCUAUGUUCGCGAAUACUCGUUUGUAAAGCAGCAACAGACAGCUAUAAAAAUGUACAAGCUUGUUGGGGAGGAGAGGUUUUUGCUAUGGGCAGUGUGUAGCAUCCAGUUACAGGUUUUUUGUGGCAAUGGGAGUGAGAAGCUAUUAACUUUAGCGGAAGGUUUGAUUAAGAAACAUGUUGCCUCCCACAGCUUGCAUGAGCCUGAAGCUCUUAUGGUCUAUGUUUCCAUAUUGGAACAACAAGCCAAAUAUGGGGAUGCUCUGGAAAUUCUCUCUGGAAAGUUAGGAUCGCUUUUGAUGGUUGAAGUUGAUAAGCUACGCAUACAGGGGAGGCUUCAUGCUCGGGCAGGUGACUACACUGCUGCUGCCAGCAUAUUUCAAAAAAUCCUAGAAUUAUGUCCUGAUGAUUGGGAUUGUUUCCUACAUUACCUCGGUUGUUUGUUGGAGGACGACAGCAAUUGGUGCAAUUUGGCCAACACAGAUCCAAUUCAUCCUCCAAAAUUCAUUGAGUGCAAGAUUUCAAACUUGGGAGAUGAAGUGUUUGAUUCUCGCAUGUCAAGUGCAUUGGAAUUUGUACAGAAGUUACUAGAAAACAUCGGUGAUAAUUUUUUAAGGUUUCCAUACUUGGCAAAUAUUGAAAUUGAAAGGAGGAGGCACCUACAUGGCAAGGGGGACGCUGACAAGUUAAUGGAGUCUCUAGUCCAAUACUUUCUAAGGUUUGGUCACUUGGCCUGCUUCACUUAUGAUGUCGAGAUGUUUCUUGAAGUUUUAACCCCUGAUAAGAAGGCAGAACUGCUGGGGAAGUUAAAGGAAAGCUCUGACUCUAUUUCAACUGUUCCAACAAAAGUUCUUGGGCAGUCAAUAACACUCUUUAAAUUUCAAGAAUUGAUCGGAAACACAUUCAAGCUUCCUGUGGGUGAACUUGAGGGAUCUGCUGUGCAGAUGGUGAAGAUGUAUUGUCAAAACCUUCCACUUUCGAAGGACUUGGAUUCGCAAGAGAGUAUGCAUGGCGAGGAGCUGCUCACAAUGGCAUGCAAUGUGUUGAUUCAGUUAUUCUGGCGUACAAGGAAUUUCGGCUACUAUUUUGAAGCAAUUAUGGUAUUGGAAUUCGGCUUGACCAUUCGAAAAUAUGUAUGGCAGUACAAGAUAUUAUUGCUGCACUUAUAUUCUCACUUAGGUGCCCUUUCAUUAGCAUAUGAGUGGUUCAGAUCGUUGGAUGUGAAAAAUAUCUUGAUGGAAACUGUUUCACACCAUAUUUUACCCCAGAUGUUGGUGUCUCCCCUAUGGGCAGAUCUAAAUAAUCUGCUAAAGGAUUAUCUCAAGUUUAUGGAUGACCACUUAAGAGAAUCAGCAGACCUUACAUUUCUUGCCUAUCGUCAUAGAAAUUACUCAAAAGUAAUUGAAUUUGUCCAGUUUAAAGAAAGACUGCAACAAUCUAAUCAGUAUCUAGUGGCGAAGGUUGAAGGACCCAUUCUACAGUUAAAGCAGAAUGCAGAUAACAUUGAUGAUGAAGAGACUGUUCUUGAGAGCUUGAAAUGCGGUGUUCACUUUGUUGAACUCUCUAAUGAGAUUGGAUCCAAGUCUUUGACCUUCAAUGAAGAUUUGCAGUCCCGUCCAUGGUGGGCACCAACUGCAGAAAGAAACUAUCUUUUAGGUCCUUUUGAAGGAGUAUCCUAUUGUCCAAAAGAGUACUCGGUGAAAGAAAGGGAAGCAAAUGUAAGGAGAGUUAUUGAGAGGAAGUCUCUUCUCCCUCGGAUGAUUUAUUUGUCCAUACAGAAUGCUUCAACUUUACUCAAAGAAAAUCUCGAGGCCAAUGGAACAACAUCUGACUCUAAAGUCCCUUCGGAACUUAAGAGUUUGCUUGAGCGCUAUGCAAAAAUGUUGGGAUUCACACUAAAUGAUGCUAUAGAAGUGGUUUUGGGGGUCUCUAGUGGCCUAAAGUCAUUUGAGGUCUUUGGUGCGGACUUGAUUGACUGGAUAAAUUUUUCUGUGUUUCUGAAUGCAUGGAACUUGAGUUCCCAUGAAAUUGGGCAAGCAAAUGGUGAUGCAGGUCUGUCUCGAGCAUGGCACUGUGUGGAUUUGCUGUUGGAGAAGUAUGUUUCGGAGAAAGUUAGCUCGAUGGAGACUUUAAUUAGCUCUCCUUGGGUUGAUGUUCCAGUUCUGGUUCAGUUGGUUACAGAACCUUUGGCCUGGCACGCUCUUGUAAUUCAAUCUUGUACUCGGUCAUCUCAUCCGUCUGGAAAGAAGAAGAAGAAAACUGGAGUUGUGGAUCAUUCUAGUCUGUCCCAUAUGCGGGAUUCUGUCCAGUCUCUCUGUAAUACUCUGGAAAAAGUUAUGAAAUGGUUAAGAGAACAGAUCAACAGGCCAGAGGAUGAAAGUUUAGACACUUUACUCUCCUCUUUGCAGAAUAAAGGACAGAAUGAAGGCCCUGGGCAGGUUUUCCAUAUCCUAGAAACUUAUAUCUCAUCCGUAGAUGACACAGAGGUCGGUGAUAGAAUUUCCCGAGCAUUGAAGUCUUGGAGUCCUCCUGAUGUUGCACGGAAGCUAAUAACUGGGAAAUGUACGGUGCUGUCUGAGUUUGUAAGGAUCUGUGGAUCCAAACUAAAGUUGUUGCAGACAUUGAAACAGCAGAUAGCUCAAGUCUGAAGAACGAUUGUCAAAGUUACCAUGAUGUUUCAUGUGCUGUCCAAAUUUUCGUGAUCCAGCAAGGCAAGAGAUCGAAGGAGACUGGCGUUUCCCUUGUCAGUAAAACUUUUAUACUGUUUUUUUUUUAUAUUUUUUUACCGGCGGUGGUUCUGUUAGCAGUUGUGCCGUAAUUUUCUUGUUGGGCAGUGUACAACAACAGUUUUUUCUUUACUUGUUCCUCAGUGUGUUUGAGAGUUGGCACAGGCUUGUAACUUCAGUAAUUUUUUUUAGGCACAAAAUUUUGAACUAUGUAUCUUCCAAUUUUUUGUUGUCUGGUAUUUUAUCUCUCAUAAUUUGUCAAAUUUUCUUGUGAAAUGGAGUUGAUCAAAGUAUUAGUUC